UGUACAUAUUUUCUUGAAAUUUUAUAGCUAACGUAAGCUUAAAUUGAUUCGUAUUUGUACAUUUUCUACUCCUAAGUGAUAUGUAUCAACUCAUAAAAAUCCAAAAGAAAUAAUUUACGAAGAAAAUAAAAAAGAUCCAAAAGAUGUUCGUUAUAGGAUAAUAACAAAAUAUUUAACGCCUCGUGCUUCCCUCGUGGGAAUUAUUUAUGUUAUAUACUAUAUAAGAUAAAAGAUGAUUCGAGAGGACAAAAGAAAAAGUUGCAAAAGCUGAAUUCUCCUUUUAUAUCUGUGGCAUUGGUUUCAUUACAUUGGUGGUGUGUCUAUAUGGACCGACCAGCUGACGGAAGCAAGUUUGGGGAGAGAGGUGAAAUCGUAGAUGCAGAUUUCUUGGUGGGUCUUCUCGACACCUUCAGAUUUGGCAAUUAUAAUCUUCCCGCCAUAAAAAAUGUGUUAAAUGCGCCAGCAAAGGUUACAUCGGCGACGGAGCAGCAGGACAAGACCACCGAGAAGCAGGAUGAUGGAUCUCAAGGUCUCGUAGGGGACGCGUCUGUUCGUGAAAGCAUAGGAUCGGUAUCUUCCAGUUCGGAUCCAGUAAUACUGGAUGAUAUGAGCGAAACCGGUUCAAAUAAUGUACCUGUUUCAAACGAAGAAACCGGUUCACCUAAUGAACCCGUUUCAAACGAAGAAUCCGGUUAUAAUUGGUUGGAGUCGAACUCCACAAACUUACCCAGUGUAGAGAAUGAAAGGCACCAUAACGAAGACGAAGGUGAGAUAGUAGAAGAAGAAAAAGAAAAAGAAAAAGACAAAGAAGAAGAAGAAGAAGAAAAAGACGAAAAUAAAAACAGCGAGAGAACAUCAUCUGACUCGGAAGAAAAAUCAAACCUAGAGACAUUGCUUGCGAUACAAGAAAAGUACGAGCUUUACUGUCCAAGCUGUAGCUCUUGUAUCACCAGGAAAGUGAUUCUUAGGAAAAAAGAACAUGGGAAGCUCGUUGAUGAAUCAAGCGACAUCGAGGAGAUUGAACCACAUGUUAAGGUGCAUACCCCUAAGAAGCUUAUAACUGAGAAUGAAGAUCAAGAAUAUAAAGAGGAGGGUUAUCUCUUCGCUUGCUUGGCCUGCCUAAAGUACUACAUCAGAUUAGGAACCAGGUUCUUACGACGAGAUGAUGAGCCAGUUGAAGUACUUUUAGAGUCUAGGGAGAGUAGUAACACCACAGAAUCAGAAUCACCGCCUCAAAAUAAACUGGACCGUGAAAGAUUCCUCGUUGAGCUAUUGAAGAGCACUGUCUACGGCGGUUUAACCGAGACCAUCACCAGCCUCGUCGUUGUAUCUUCCGCCUCUGCCUCCGGAUCCUCCACCGAGAAUAUCUUGGCUCUUGCGGUCGCAAAUUUAGCCGGUGGUCUCAUCGUCCUUGCUCAAAACCUACAAGAUCUAAGAAACAGUUCAGAUCAAGAGAAAGAUCGGUACAAUGAGUUGUUAGGGAGACGUGACAAUAUCCGGUUGCAUGUACUAGUAGUGGUCCUGUCUUACAUUUUCUUCGGCCUAAUUGCUCCGCUGGUUUACGCAUUGCCCUUCUACCAAACCGGAAUCAAGAACUACAAGCUCGUCUCGGGUUUCUCGGUUUCUUUGGUUUGCGCAAUCAUGCUCGGUAUGAUCAAGGUCUACGUCCGCAAACCGAUCAACGUACGUCCAUCCCCUAAACCUUAUCUCAAGUCUGCUGCUUAUUACACGUCUAUUGUUGUUGUCUCUUCUGGAAUCUCAUACAUUGUUGGAGAAAUCGUGGGAGAGUAUAUCCGAAAGCUCGGUUUGUUUAGUUUAUACCAGACCGGUUUGACUUCAACACUUGACGGAAUUAAACCAGAGGAAUACCGGUUUACUUCCUUUUAACGUAGCCAAAGGGAGAGAGCCAUGAAGUAUGAACCAGUCAGAUCAGCGUUGUAUAUUUGUGUUCAACUAAAUAUACUUUUUUUCUUUCUUUCUUUUGGUAUAUGCAAAGUGGACUUUUGUAAAAGGUUUUUAUUUGAUAAUGGAGUAUCUCUUUGAGUUUA